AUGCAGGGAAGGCCAGUCACGGUGCGCCUGGGAGUAAACAACCUCACAGCGACAGCGGACGGCGCAGACUACGGGAUCUCGGAGAUCGUGCUGCACCCCAGCUACAGGAAGCGGCGGUCCUACGGCGACAUAGCGCUGCUGAGGCUGGACAGGAGGGUGGAGUUCAGCGACGCCGUCUUCCCCGCCUGUCUCAACACGCAGGACGGAGACCCGCCGAGCUUCACUGCCGCCGGCUGGGGCGCCACGAACGCUGCCGGAACGCGACUGAGCUCUGUGCUUCUGAAGACCACCAUCUACCCACGUGCGUUAUCCCAAUGCCAAAAUGCCUACAAGGAGAGAUUUCCACAAGGAAUGGACUCGUCAGUGAUCUGUGCCGGAGACCCACAGGGGAAGACUGACACCUGUGUUGGCGACUCCGGCGCCCCUCUGGUGACUGGCAGCUCCGCCCCCUACACGGCGGUGGGCGUCACCAGCGUGGGUCCCCGGCCCUGCGGCGGCGCCCUGCCCGGCGUCUACACGCGCGUCUCCACACACCUCGGCUGGCUGGAGGGACGCGUCUGGCCCUAGCCACUGGCCCUCCCUAGCGGCGCGCC